UUUGUUUUGUUUUUGUGUGUGCAGAAAUGUGCCCUAAUCCACAAACCCUCUUAAUUUGUUUUCCCCUCUGUUAAAAAAAUAAAGGAAAGAAAAAUAAAUAAAAAAUAAAAAGAAUAAAAGGAGGAGGAGAGGUUUUAGCUGGCUAGGGUUUUAGAGAUCUCUGUAAUUUCUAUUUCUUUCAUCUUCUCUCGCCACUCUUUCCAAUCCGACUGCAAAUACAAGAAGAAGAAGAAGAAGAAGCAGCAGCAGCAGCGCUGAAAGAAGAAAGAGAAAUCCAGUUAUCAGAAAUCGAAGAGGAGAGAGAAAGGAAUGGACAGAUAUCAGAGAGUGGAGAAGCCGAGGCCGGAAACUGCGAUUAAUGAGAACGAGAUCCGAAUCACCACACAAGGCCUCAUUAGGAAUUACAUCAGCUAUGCUACCUCCCUCCUUCAGGAGAAACGGGUAAGAGAGAUUGUUCUCAAGGCAAUGGGCCAGGCAAUCAGCAAGACAGUGGCCAUUGCUGAAAUUAUAAAGAAGAGGAUUCCUGGUUUGCAUCAAGAUACCACCAUCAGUUCAACGAGCAUAACUGAUGUAUGGGAACCCAUAGAAGAGGGCCUAGUACCUUUGGAGAUGACUCGCCAUGUUUCAAUGAUUUCAAUCUCCUUGUCAACCAGAGAGCAAAACAAGAAUUCUCCUGGGUACCAAGCUCCAUCAUAUACAGAGCAGCCAAAGCAACAAUAUCAAUAUCAACAGCAGCAGCACCCGCAACAACAGCAUCAACCCAAGCAAGCACCUGCUCCAGCCGCAGGUGGUAAUGAAGAUUCAUAUGGCCGAGGGCGGGGCCGAGGUAGAGGAAGAGGAAGGGGUUGGGGCAGAGGAGGAUAUGGCUACAAUCAAGGAUAUGGCUAUAAUCAGGGAUACAACAAAAAUCAAGGAUAUGGCAACAACCAGGGAUAUGGAAGCAACCAGGGAUACGGCAGCAACCAGGGUUAUGGCAAUAAUCAGGGAUAUGGCAACUAUCAAGAGAAUGGUGGGUGGAAUUGGAAUCGAGGUGGAGGCGGACGAGGUAGAGGCUGGGGUCCUCGUGGUGGUGGAUAUGAAAGAGGAAGAGGGGGAGGUGGUGGGAGAGGCUAUGGUCGGGGCAGGGGAAGAAUGGGCGGCGGACGUGGGAGGGGCAACCAGGCCUAAGAAGGAGAAGAAGAGGGGGUGUUUGGUAAUACUUGCUUGGUUUGUAAUAGGGGAAAUAGAGAGAGAUAUUCAGAAGACUGUUUUUUGAGCAUCAACUAUGCUUUAUUUUCAAGUGAGUUGAAGUUCUUUCUCUAUUAUACAUGGGAUGUGAGCAGGCUUUGUUGUUUUGUUUUUCACUCUCCUUGCCUGAAAGAGUGGUAAGCUAGGGCUUUUCUGUAAUUCAUUCCAUAUGUUCUUUCUUUCUUUCUUACAGUCAGUCCUACUCCCUGCCCCCUCUUUGUAUCUAUAUCCAUUUUUCAUAGUGUGUAUACCUUUGGAACUUUUUUGUCU